AAAAAAAUAUAAAAAGCUCGAAAAACAGUUGUUUGUCAGACACCAACCGAAGAUGAGGUCCAAUACGAUCUUUGUUGUGCUGGUCCUGGGAGUAGCCCUUGCUGCAGCCAGAGACUUGCGAGCUAAACGCCGUGUUACUACAGAUUACCAUGAUUACUCGAAGAUGUGUGAAGCUCAGCCUGACAAAUUCAUAUGCGUCGACUGCAAGACCAUGGUCCAGUGUGUGAAGGGACAGGCCUUCACUCGCCACUGCAUCGAGGACCACUACUGUUCAGUGAAGCCCGAGUUUGGCGGGGGAGUCUGCUACCCAGAUGAGCCUAAGGCCUGCAAAUGCGAGAAGGCCAACUCCUUCCGAGUGGACCCCUACGACCCUCAGAAGUUUUUCUCUUGCAAGAACCUUGUAACCCCCCCAGUGAACUACAAAUGCCCAGAUGGCAUGGUAUUCGACGAAGCCUCUGCCCAAUGCCAGACAGGAAAUGGCCUGCCCCAAUGUACUAGGGCUGGUACUUUUGCCAACCCGGCCAACUGCAGUGUAUACUACUCGUGCAUUGGCCUUCAAAAUGGCUGGCUGCAGAAGAGCUUCCAGUGCAACAGUGGCUUGAUGUACAACAAGGAAAAGGGAGCAUGUGAAGACCCUUGCCUGUACCAGUUCGUGUGCAAGCAGGAGGGCCGAUAUCCUGACCUCCUGAACCAGCAGAACUACUUUGAAUGCUACAUGUUGGGUGGCAAGUUACGGCAGCUCCGUUACAGCUGCCCUGAAGGCUACAGGUGGGAUGAGAUCUCUGUAGGUGUUGGCCAGUGUGUGGAGGACCAUGACCAAAAUGCUUCCAAGGGUGCCUUCUAUGGCUGCGACAUUCCUGACGGCUUCUGUCCAGGUACUUAAGAGUAAGGUUACUACAGUGAGGGCGACCCUGUUGUAACUACAAAGUGGAGUAGGGCCUCUACUUCGAUGUGUCUCGAAUAAAUUCUAAUAACUUUUU